UUGUUUUUUUUAUAGUAAUUUUUGAGAUAAUAUUAUAUUUUUAAAUUUAAUUGCCCCAUCAACCUUAUUUUCCAUAAAUAAAGCUCCCAUAUAAAUUUGCUAUUUUUUCGUGAAAAACUUGCAUGUUUUUCCUAACAAUAUAUAUUGAGGUAAUUUAUGUUAUCUACCCAACUAGACGUAUUUUCCUAAAUGCCUGCCUUUGUCGAAAUAAUUUCCAAAAUAUGCCGAAAGUAGCGGCCCUAUUUUGGAAGGAAAUCAUCUUUCGAUAUAUAUUCGGGAUAUUUCCUUAUUAAGCAGCCAAAUUUCUGCCCUAUUUUUAAGUAAAAACAAAAUUGGAACAUGCUUUCGACGUAGUUUUGGCAGAAAAAUUGGGAUUUAUGUUCCCCAUUUUCGUCGAGGUUUCGAAAUUUUAACGAAUUUUCAAGCGAUUUCUCUCCUUGGGUCCCUAUAAUUCAACCCUCAUCCAUUAAUUUAUUUUCCCAUAUUAAGAUUUUAACUUACAUUUGAUGGCACACGAUUAGGGGUAUAGACUAAAGUCAAAUUAUGUUAGAAACUUUAGUUAUCAAGAAAUAAAUAAAUAAAAAGAUGAGUAUACGGCGAAUUGCUCUUUACCUUCUACAUCGUAUUUCUGGGAAAAAUACAUAUAGGAUAACUCAUAAAUAUAAACUUUUUCUCUCAUAUUUUGAUGCAGAAAGUUUGAAAGCAAAUUAUAUAGAAAUUCAUUUAUUGAAGCCACCUUGUUAAGGUAGUUGCAAAAUUGUCCUUUUGUGUUUUCACAUAAAUCACUAUGCAAUGAAUGCUCAUUAGUCGAGUAAUUUCCUCAUAAUUGUUGAAACCAUAGCAGGAAAAUUUUCCAAUAUAAUGCAAUUUUCCCUGCAUAAAUUAGAAUGUUCAAAGGAAUCAAAGCAAAACAUACUGAAUUAUGCUACACGCAGAGGGAAGUAUGCAAAGUCCUUUAUGAUUUUCCACAUUUUCUCAGAACAUCGUCAUCAAAUUAACUCCCCAUAUAGUCAUCAGUUUUCCAUGGAAAUUUGUCAUUUUUCAUAACAUUUUCCAAUGUGUGCUCCAUUUCACAUGAAAUCUUAUCGCAUGAAUUGCGAUAUCACAAUGAAAUGUUUGCCCAAAAGACUCACCUUAUCAGCUACACUUGGGUAUAGCUGAUAGUGUACACCUUGUAAUCAGGUGCAUGAGUCUAUGUGUUGGCAAAUUGGGAAGGUUUCCAGUGUGGAUAUCUUCGCAUUCAUUUCGUGAGUUUUUCAACAUCGAGACGCACUUUGAGCUUUUUUCCGCCCAUUUUAGCUGAAGAAUAUCUCACAAGUGAUUUUGAGGAAGUUUUGCAGUUAAGAAAUUUUCUUUUACUAAAUAAAGUUUGGACUUUUCCUUUGGAUAUCACGUAAAAAAAGGAUAAUUUUGCAAAAAUGGUGUCGGUGGAAACGAUUGGAUCAGUUUUUCUGAAAGUGUUCAAAUUGGUGCUGAAUAUUGUCAUCCUCAUCCUCUACCGAACGGGAUAUGCAGGUGAUUUCCUAGGUGUGGGUGGUACGUGGAAUUUGAACGAGGAAAAGAGUCCUGAUGCAGAGAUUGUGGCAUCGGGUGUUAUUGUGGGUUUCAUGAUUUACACAUCCGUGCAACUCAUCACCUAUGCUUUUGGCACAACGGCACACAAGAGAGAAUUGUCAGACACAAUCAUGAAUGUGGUGGGUACAUUCAUGUGGGUGGCUGUUGGUGGUACAGCACUUCACUACUGGCACGGUUACAUGCCUGACCACGACUUCCUCCAUGUGGCUACAGAGCGACAGGUUGGUCUUGCCAUGGGUGCCCUUAUGAUCAUCUCUGGUGCUCUUUACCUUGUGGACACAGUGCUGGCAUUUGUGCACUUCGCCAAGGAGAAUUAGAGCGUUCCCCACUUAAAAUCAGGAGCAUCAUCACCACCCACAUUCAACAAACAUUUAAUUCCCAAAUGACAUCAGCAAUAGACAAAUCACCCUCUCUUUACUUUAGGGCCACAACAUAAUAUAUAAUAUGUAGUGCAAAAUGCAUUGAUUUAGUGUUGAGUUUAAUCCAUAAAAUUAAUUUUAUUGUAAAACAACUAUUUUGAAUUAUAUUCAUUUUACAAACUACGCGUUUUUUGUAACAAGAAAAAGAGACAAAUAAAAUAUAAGAAAACCCCACAA